AAUAAAAUCUAAUUUCCAUAUUUCCUUAGUCGAUAGAACACAACCCUCACCGCUCUGGAGUCUCCUGCCGCCCACAGCCGACGACGACCGCCGCGCACCACUAGCCAUCGAUCUUCUUCCUUCAGUCCAAAUCGAAGAAGAAAAUAAGAGGGAUGAAAACAAUCGGUUUGGGAGAAUCAACACCAGCUGUUGCAAAAUUGAAUGAAUUUCAAACAACAGAUCAUCUAAUUGUCGAAUUGAUUCGAAUCGAAUGGUGUUCGAUAGGGUUUCCGAUCUGAGUAAAAAAUUGGGAAUUUGGUAAAUUAAUGUCGGCGUACGAACCCUAACAAUUUUUCGAUUAACAUUGUGAAUCCCCAAUUCUUACAGUCAACAAUAUGAAGAACGGCGUCAUUGGAAUUAAGAAUAAGAAGCAUCACUAAGGAAGUAGUAAACGAAGAACACUCCCCGUCCUGUGGCGGCCAGCGAUUCGACAACGGAUGCCUAAAAUAUCUUUGGAGGAGGUUUACCGCUGUCUCCAAAACGCAGGUUUCGAUAGCCCAUUUGCACGUUCAAAUGGAAAAGCUUCGCCAACAUACCCUCAGUCUUCUGUUCAAUUUUUGCGCAGCGAGCAUACGUUCGUAGACGUAAUGGACAGAUCGAAUCCAGAGAAGAAAGUGAGGGUAAUAAUCGAGUUGCAUUUGCGUGGAGAGUUCGAGAUGGCACGGACACACCAAGAGUACGACAGCGGAGGAUGGUGUGUGUUGGCGGAGGAAGAGAAUGGAGGAGGCCAUGGCAUUGGUGAGAGAGGGGGAAGCAGCGAGAAAGUGAGAUAGAGUAGAGAGAUAGGGAGGUGGGUUUGUAAAUUUAAUUGAGAAUUAAAAUUUAAUUUUGAAAUUUAAUUUAAGGUUAAAACUGGAGCAUAACGGUAAGUUUUGGUAAAUAUUUAAAACCAUUAAUGCGCUUUAGAAGUGUCACGGACCGAAAGGGUGGCCGAGCGACGCCGAGGAAGAUGCAGAUGGAUGCCGAAUUGACGGCGCGCCAACGCACAGAGGCUAACGAAGAUCCUUCAAGAUGUUUCGGAAUCUCCUGGAAUAUUCUGGAACAUUCUAGAAGCCCCGAGAUCGCCCCUCAACCAAAUUGAUGAUAUUAUCAAUUAGAUUUAUAUUAUCUAGAUAUCUUUAUCCAUAUCUCUUUUAUUUAGAUAUCUAUAUCUGUAGAUUGAUAAGAUAUAGCAAAUCCAAGUAUGGAUUUGAUAAAAUACGAAGUAUCCAUAUCUUGUUAAGAUUUAGCAUAUCCAUGAUAGAGUGCCUAUAUAAAGAGGAGGAGUCCUCACUUGUAUUUAA